AUGGCUCCUGCAUCGACUCUUCUCCUGCUUCCCGCCUCACUCUUCGCUUCCGUCUCACAAGCUCUCGCAGACAAUCUCCCCUUCCCAACGGCUAUCAAGAAGCAGUCUCCAGGCUCGAGCGAAAAAAUAUUGAGAGAGCACCUCGCAUUUGCACCACUCUUCCGAGUUGGGCCAGUAGUUGGGUCUUCCGUCGAUUCCCCGCCAUAUGGACGACAUCAGGACAUCAAUGGCACCUCUCCAUUCUCCCCUCCGUUCGUCAAGCAUCUCGACAAAACCGAAGAUGAUAUUUUACGGCGUGCGGCAGAAGCCCUGGCUUUGUUGGAAAGGAGAUCAUCGUGUCCUUCCGGGAUGAACAGCUGUGCUCCGCAGGGCUCGCCCAACAAGUGCUGUCAACAAGGAACCUAUUGCACUGAUGUGCCCGACACCGACGUAGGUCAUGUCGCUUGUUGCCCUAAUGGCUCAGCAUGCGGUGGAGGCGUAGCAAAGUGCCCGUCUGGCGCAACAAGCUGUGCAGCAGCUUUGGGUGGUGGUUGCUGCAUACCAGGAUACGUUUGCCAAGGUGUGGGAUGUAGGUCCUCCCCGUCUAUUGUUCGUCCUCUUGACCAAGAACUACAUGCUCAUCUCCAGUUUGCAGGUGUGCCGAGCGCAUCGGCGACGCCUGCCACCGGCGUUCAGACAUCCCAACCGCAAGAAACCGUCACAUCAACGAGAACGACAGUGAUUGCAGGAAAUCCAACCACAGUCAUCGUCACAGUUACUCAAACUGCUUCCCCAGAAGUUACGACAGAAACUUCCACACAGGUGGUGACACCACCCAGCACAAGCACCGCGGUUGGUACCAACACCAAUACCGGCUCUGCCACAGGAAAUCCUCCCUGGCGGCCAACUGGCUCUUCCGAGAUCACGUCAGCCUCAGAGAGCAAGACAGUUGCUACACAGCCCGGCUGUCCAACAGGCUUCUACGGAUGUCUCGCCACCCAUGGCGGAGGGUGCUGUCAAACUGACCGCGACUGUCAUACAUACUCAUGUCCGCCUCCAUCCUCAUCGACAGUUGUCUCCAACGGAGCCACCAUUGUUGUUCCUGCCAUUCCUGCCACAGGCCUUUUGCCGAAAUCUUCGGGCAGCCCAAAAUGUGCGGGUGGAUGGUUUCUGUGUGAACCAGAUGCCGGUCCUGCAGCUGGUUGCUGCCCGUCUGGGUACUCGUGUGGUGCAGCAAGCUGUUUCACGGCCGCGUCCACGGAGACUGGCAGAGUACAGAAGCAGGCCCCAGAACAGUCGUCGGCCGCAAAGAACUAUUCAGCCUGUGUUUUGAUUGCUACAGCGCUUUUGUUACUGAGCUCCAUGUGGUAG